AUGGAUAAUCGGUCUUAUGAUCCAUCUCGUCUUCAUCCGGGGAGUGCGGUACGGCGCCCGUCUAGCAACAGACGCUCGUCCGCCUCCUGGACCGAUGGACAGAGCUACAUGCAACUCCACUUCUCUACCUCUUCGUCCCCCCUUACCCCCACUUCACAUACAAGCGAGAGCGUUCAUCAAGCGACUUUAACUGAUUCACUAUUGCUCCCCGCAGCGACACAGAAUACCCACGGGGACACAGCCGGCUCUUAUGUCUGGGGGGGCUCGACCCCGAACCCCGUGGAAGACAGCAUUCCCUUAGGCGAUAACGUAGACUUGUUUCCCGCAGUGACUGUGGAUCCACAAACCCCCAACAGAUACGAUGGCUUGCCAGAUCUAGAUUCAACCACCCCUUCGAAUCCUCAAGCCCUCUUCAUAUUCGUCAUGAGAAGGUUACAAGAACAGUUUCAUCAGCAUCCAGACCCAGCCUCCUUUGCUCUCUCGGUCGCCCGAAAUAACUUGGACGACGAGACUUUUCGUAAUUCCGUCUGGUGGGCCUCAGGGGAUAUUCGCAUCAACCCUCCCGUGCAGCCUACGCGCCUGGCGACGAACAGCUCUCAAUUUGUUUGUUACCUUUGUGAAAACCCUGGAACAUUCCCUGUAAGAGGGACUUUCAAACGGCAUGUGAAUGAGCAGCACCUGCCCAAGUCAUAUUUUCAUUGCUGGCUUUGUUCUUCUUGGAAGCAUCCUCGACGAAGCAAGCUUGUGGGUCAUCUCAGAACUAUUCAUUCGGUUCUAAAUAGCAACACUGAACAAAUUUCAGCUCGCGAGAUAUUGGAGUCCGUUCCUGCGUUCUGCCACAUAUGUGUUUCUCAAGGACUUCAAGUGCAUGUAAAUAUGUUCAACACAUGGGAUGAAUGGUACGACGCGAUAGAAGAUCACUGCCGCAUCGAUUCAGAACCUUCGCCAACAGGCACUAGUGGCCCGAGGCCAUUUAACCAAGACCCAGAUGGAGGAGGAUCUGGCGGUUAUGGUUCAGCUUUUCCUGGUAGCCAUGGACUAAGUCCUAGCCCAAGCGGGUUCUCUAGCUUUGGGGGUAGCUGGGGUAUGAGUUUCACUGGCUCAGGUGGAGCCUACAAUACGCGUUCCUUCUCGGAAUCUCCGACUUCUGAUGAUGUUCUAGCUGAUAAGUCCAAAGUCUCUCAACUCGGGUCAACAAAACCCACCUGUUUGAAACACUCGAAUAGAGACAAGGGUCUGCUAUCAUCCUCAAAGCCCAACCUUACCCAGAGACCUCGUAAGGAUGAGAAUGGUGAUACAGCAAAGCAAGACGCUUGCAACAGCUGCGGUCAUGAGUACAACUCAUGUGCUGCUUGUCCAUCAAGGUCUACACCCUCAGUUCCUUGCCAUGCGUGCCUUGACCGGACUGCCCUUGUCAUUUCUUCAAGUAUAUCUUCCGGCACGAACACACUUGUCCAGGGAAGGGACCGUCCGUGCUUCCCAGUGGACAAAGAAGAAGUCAUAUCAACGAAUUUAUCUCGUCGAGUAAACAAACUAUCUUUAGAAUGCCGGCCAUCUAGGGCAAAUGUAUCGACUUGCUCCCCCAAGUCAGCCAGCCAGCAGGAUGACGUCGAUACUAAACCAAGGACUAUUAUGACGGUGAUAUACCUCUCCGUUGUAUUCGAUGGUUAUGAUCCAAUGUCUUCUCUCGUGGUUUCUAUCAUCCAACUUUCCAAAAACUCUAGUGUGGCUGAACCCUUAUGCACUGAUUACAACCCGAAGUCAGACGUUGACCCCCUCGUGUCGGGUCAAAAUAUACUUACUUGUAUACACCGGGACUCCCCGAUAUCACAUUCAAAGCUCUCACGGCAACUUUCUCACUGUCAAGCCAGCUUGGGUGCCAUUAGCUUCGAAUUGUCUACCGGCACUGCGAUGUGCCCGCGUAGCAAGAGUCAGAAGUCUCGUCAGAAGAGACUCUCCUCUCUGUUGGCUCGUCUCCGUGCCGUCACAUUUAUCCUCGCCCUCCAAAAAGAGGUGACCCCGGAGACCCCGGAAAAGUGCGUUUUCGACGAUGCUAGUCAGCCCGGUAUUUUGCGCACUAUUGGUAAAACCAUUUCGCCAUCCCCGGCUCGAGAACUCAAAGCUCUGUAUGAUUUGGCUUACAAACAUCUUCAAGGGGACUUUUGGACAUAUUCUGGUAUUCUCGGGUCUAAAAGUUCGUUUGCUGAAGAUGGCCCGAGAGCAUGCCCUUUCUUACGAGCUUUGGCGACGAGUAUCUCUGACCCAAAGCUGUCUAUCUCGAAGAAAGGAGCGGGAUACAAUCCGCAUACCUUUCUCGAAGACCGUGUCCAGUCAGCCUUUUUGCGGUGA